AUGCAUCAUCGACACUACCUCCUCGGCGCCAUCGCUGCGCUUUCCAGCAACCUUCCCUCGACAGCAUGCCAUCCGCUCCAGGGAACGGACCUCGGUUCCUGGCAGGACCUCGGCUUCAUCGCUCUGCAGUCACGACAGGAGCACACAGCGGUGGCGCUCAACGACACCACCUUUGCCCUGGUCGGCGGCAUCAUCCCCGCAGAGGGCAGCGAUGGCGGCAACACCCCGGACAGCUGGGCAACCACAAACAUGUUCCAGCUCUAUGACACCGCCACGGGGGAGUGGUCUCUCGGCCCGCCGCUGCCCUUUGCCGUCAACCACGCCAACGCCGUCGUCGUCGACGGCAAGGUGUACCUGCUCGGCGGCCUCGCCCCGGACGCCGACGGGAACUGGGUCAAGACGGGCCAGAGCUACGUCCUGGACGGCCUCGGCGGCGGCUGGAGCGCCCUGCGGCCCAUGCCCGACGAGGCCUCCCGCGGCAGCGCGGCGGUCGGCGCGGCGGGCGACCUCCUCUUCCUGGCCGGCGGCAUGACGCGGCUAAUCCCGCAGAGCACAAUCGCGUCCGUCGUCGCCUACAACGUCACGGCCGACGAGUGGAUCACAGACCUGCCCGACCUGCCGGAGCCGCGGGACCACGCCGGCUCGGCCGUCAUCGACGGCACGCUCUACGUCGUGGGCGGCCGCGCCUUUGGCCAGAACAACACCAAGGACACCGUCUACGCGCUGGACCUCCAAGACCCCGAGGCCGGGUGGGAGACCAAGCAGGGACACAUGCCGACGCCGAGGGGAGGGGUUGCGGCCGCGGCCGUCGGGCACAAGAUCUACACCUUUGGCGGCGAGGGGAACCAGGCCGAGGGCUCCGGCGGCGUCUUUUCCGAGACGGAGGCGUACGACGUCGUGUCCGACAGCUGGGAGAGGCUGCGGGAGAUGGAGGUGCCGAGACACGGGAGCUGGGCCGUCGCCAUCGGAGACGGCGUCUACCUCCCCGGCGGUGGGGUGCGUCUAGGGGGUGCUGCCGUCGAUCGCUUCGAUGUGUUUUGGCCACCUGCGCAAAGGAACUAG